AUGCCCACAGAUACGGUGAGGUUUUUACCCCUAGGUCCAGUUAUUCCACCUUCUAAAGAGAAUGUAACAGCGGUGAGUAAACUAGAGGACCUGGCGUGGUACAUGCCUACACACCACAAAAACUUGCAUAAAAAAAGGAUCAGCAUUCUUGGUGGCGGUAAGAAUGGGUUGACGUCUGUUGAGACUCAAACGUUGUAUUUCAUCGACUUGGAGAAUGAACUCUCCGGCUUUGUCCAGAUCCUUUACUCUUUGGUAUUGGGUGGUAUUUACAAAGGGUUUCAGAUCAAUUUCAAAAUGUUCAGUCAUUUAAAGGAAAAAAGUAAAGAGAUCGAGAUCUGGGAGAGUAUCAAGUUGGAUGAUGCCUCGUUCAAGAACAACGAGUUGAGCGUUGUUGGGAAUGGAAUUACUUUUGAGUUAAGAGAGCUACCUAAUAAGAACUUGACUCACACUAAUAAGGAACAUAGCUCCACUGAACUGUUCAAUGUUGCCAACUUAAAGAUUAAAAUUGAUAUUCCAAAAAUGGACAUCAAAAUCGACCUGAGAGCGAACUUAGGUGAAGGUUUUAAGAUCAAUCCCGAUGGGUGCUCCUAUUACUUGGAAAAGGCUACAAAAUACCAAGCUGCCCUUAAGGAGGACGUCGCAGAUCAUAAAAAAUACAUGCGACAUCAAUAUAUACCGAAUGGGAAGUGCCGAGGCAAAAUUCAAUACAGGAACGGUGCGAACAAGCAUAUUCAAAAAAUCAAGUUACAUGACGUGUCUGUAAUCUACUUGGAUGCAGUUCAAGGUUUAUUACCAAACAAGGCAGCGAAAAGAUGGAAUUUCUUGUAUUUCCAAAGUGCGAAUUACUCUGUAGUGUGUAUGGAGUAUACUACACCAGAUGACUAUGAUGCUGCAAAGGUGACUACGUGGGCUCUAAGCUCCCAUGGUAUUAUCCAAGAGGUCGGCUCAAAGAUCAAUGACUCAAACAUUAUUAAGUUUGAUAAUGUGGAGGAGGAUGCUGAGACUGGAUGGAAAUAUCCCAUGGGUAUGACGUUUACCUUCCCAUCUGCUGAUAAAGAACAAGCUUUGUCGAUCAAAGAUAUGAAUAUGGUGAACAGGUACGAUAUCCUAGGAGAGUUGCCUGGUAUAAUCAGGAAACUGGCGUCCAAUAUUGCACGCAUCAAUCCAUAUCUGUACCAGUACUGUCAAUCGGCUAAAUUCAAUGACGAAGAAGGUGUCUGUAUCGUGGAAUCCACAUUCAUAAGUUGA